AUGCGUAACAACUAUAAAAUAAAGCAAUCCCGCUGGAUCAACAAUUCAAUGGACGUCGAAGACCGGAUGAACACGCAUUAUAGCACAAGCUUUAAACCCUCUGAAAUAAUCAAGGGACAACUGAGCAAUGGUGAAGAAAUCAUAUCUCCGAACCCACUGUACACUAAGUGCACAUUUGAUGCAAAGAAGCAAAAGAAAACCAUUGAUUAUAAUGAUCCAUUUGGUGUUAGAAACUUUGUGGCAAGCUUCGAUUCACCUAAAUAUGGGUCUGUUACAAAAGACAUAGAAAAUAUUCUUUCACUAAGAAAACAGACGUUAAUGCCUUGUUUUAGAAGGUAUCCUUCACUUGGGGCUGAUUUAUUGGACACUUACCCUGUGAAGGAGGCUCCGAUUCCAAAUCCUGUGAAGGAGGUUUCAGUUGCAAAUCCUGUGAGGGAUGUGGUAAUGUUUGAUGAUGCCAUGGCCAUGGGUCAUGAUACAAAUCCACCUGAUUCUGUUGUCAUCAUAGGGUCAGAUGAUGAUGAACCCACAUCUGCAAGGCCUUUUCAACCUUACAGAGACAUAGUCUUGAAUAAGCCUGAAGGGCAGUUUUCAAUGAAACAAUUUCUGGAGGGAGAUUAUGGUCAAGGUCAAGCUUCAGUUGGGAAAGGAGGAGGGGGAGGAGGAGGAGGAGGAGGGAGAGGGGUAGGGGUAGGGGGUGGGAGUGGGAGUGGGAGUGGGAGUGGGAAUGGGAAUGGUGGUGGGGGUGGGAAAGGGAGAGGGAGACCAAGAGGAAAAGGGAAAGGAGGAAAAGGAGAAAGAGAAGGUGUAGAAGAAGGGAAUACAAUUACAGAUAUUGUUGUCGAGUCAAAAGAUGAAAAAGAGAAAAAUAAUGAUAAUGAUGUAGAUGUUGAAAAGAAAAAGCACUUUAAAGGUGUCUAUGUUGGUGUUGAUUCCGAUUCCGAUGUGGAAGAGAGUAAUUCACAAUCCGAAGCCGACUUCGAUGGGCUUGCUGAUAUUUGGCAAGAAAUGAACGUUGGAUUGGAAUCCUCAAAGGAUCCUGACAUGGCAUUUCCAUCUAUCCAACAUCAAAAAGAAGAAGAAGAAGAACAAGAAUGUGACCAUUCUUUUAUAUUAAAAGAAGACAUUGGGUAUGUUUGUCGUGUCUGUGGAGUAGUUGAUAGAAGUAUUGAAUCCAUAAUCGAGUUUCAACGCCCCAAGGCAUCAAAGAGUACAAGAACUUACUAUUAUGAAGGGCGAUCUGAUAAAGGGGCGCCAGGUGGCAUUGUUCUUGAUGGAGUGAAAUUACCAGGAAAAGAUUUCUCAAUGGGAGAUGCAUCAAUAACAGCUCACCCGAGUCAUAAAAAAGAAAUGAAACCCCAUCAAGUUGAAGGCUUUAAUUUUCUUUUAAGCAAUUUAGUUUCUGAAAAGCCAGGUGGAUGCAUCCUGGCCCACGCACCAGGAUCUGGUAAAACCUUUUUGCUCAUCAGUUUCAUUCAAAGUUACAUGGCAAAAGAUCCAGAUGCAAGACCAUUAGUGGUUCUUCCUAGAGGCAUUCUAGCAACAUGGAAGAAAGAAAUUCACAAAUGGCAAGUUGAAGACAUUCCAGUGUUUGAUUUCUACUCAUCAAAAGCAGAUGGUAGGGCCCAACAACUUGAAGUCCUAAAACAAUGGACAAAUCAAAGAUCCAUUUUGUUUUUAGGAUACAAACAGUUUUCCACAAUCGUGUGUGACAACGAUAGAGGCUCCAUUUCCCUUACUUGUCAAGAGAUUUUACUAAAAUGCCCCACGAUUCUCAUCUUAGAUGAAGGCCACACUCCAAGAAACCAAGACACAGAUGUGUUGACUUCACUUGAAAAAGUCGAAACCAAAAGAAAGGUUGUACUUUCAGGUACCCUUUAUCAAAAUCAUGUGAGGGAAGUUUUCAAUAUUUUGAAUCUUGUUCGCCCUAAGUUUUUAAAACUUGAAGAUCCCAAGAUGAUAAAAAGAAGAAUCUUGAGUAGGGUUCCGAUUGAAAGCAGGAGAAAUCUUUUAAAAAAGAGCACUGAUAAUGAGUUUUAUGAAUUGGUUGAACAUACUUUACUUAAAGAUGAAAAUUUCAAGAGAAAAGUCACAGUUAUUGAGGAUUUACGUGAAAUGACAAGUAAAGUCCUUCAUUACUACAAAGGAGAUUUCUUGGAUUUACCUGGGCAUAUGGACUUUUCUGUCUUUUUAAACCUUAGCCCUAGGCAAAAGAGGGAAGUUUCAGAAUUAAAAAAACUAGCAAGAAAAUUCAAAAUAAGUUCAGAUGGAAGCGCGAUUUAUGUCCACCCUGAUUUAAAAAGUUUAGCCAAAAACAUAAACAAAGAAAAACUCGAUGACAAUGUCUACAAAAUCGAUGAACUUUUGGAGAAUAUAAACGAAAGAGAAGGGGUAAAAGCGAAAUUUUUCCUCAACCUACUUCGCCUAUGUGAAUCCAAAGGCGAAAAGCUUCUAGUUUUUGGUCAAUAUCUUUUACCCUUAAAGUUCUUGCUAAGGUUGACCACGAAAGUCAAAGGGUGGGCUUUAGGAAAGCAGAUUUUCAUGAUAACUGGGGACCACGAUAACGAUGAACGAGAAAUAGCAAUGGAUCAAUUCAACAAUUCUAAUGAAGCAAAAGUGUUUUUUGGAUCAAUUAAAGCAUGUGGAGAAGGAAUAUCUUUAGUUGGAGCUUCAAGAAUUAUAAUUUUGGAUGUUCAUUUGAACCCUUCGGUUACCCGACAAGCAAUCGGGCGGGCUUUUAGACCCGGGCAGCUAAGGAAGGUUUAUACUUAUAGAUUGAUUGCUGCAAAUUCACCUGAAGAAGAAGAUCACACCACUUGUUUUAAAAAGGAGUCUAUUUCUAAAAUGUGGUUUGAGUGGAAUGAAUAUUGUGGGCAUCAUGAGUUUGAAAUGGAGAUGAUUGAUGUUAAAGAUUGUGGGGAUGAGUUUCUUGAAACUUCUUGGUUGAAUGAAGAUGUAACUGCAUUGUAUAAAAGAUCAUGAUGGGUGGUGAGGAGAACCAUGUUGAUAUUUCUUCUCUAAAUUAGAAGCUACUUUUUGUGGUUGGUAGGCUUUAGGUAAAUUUUUUUUUUUAAAUUAAUAUUUACUAGAUGUGAUAUUCUUGGAUUCUGAUCUUUUUUUGCUAUUAUAUCAUGUCUUAUGGAUAUGCAAUGUAUUUGGUAGGUAUAAAACAAUCUGAUUUCCUUGGUAUUAAUGAUUGCCUCCUAAUUUUGA